AUGAGAUUCGGUCAACUUUGUGCAGUGGCUGUCGCUGCUACCAAGCUCGCAAACGCAUCGGACUGCAAAUGCGCCCCUGGCGACUCUUGCUGGCCUUCGGACGCAGUGUGGACGGCCCUCAACGAGACCAUUUCCGGAAGGCUUCUCAAGACCGUCCUUCCUGGGCCAGUCUGCUACAAGGACCAGCCAAACUACGACGAAGCUGCCUGCCAAGCAGUCCUCUCAAAUUGGACCACAGCCGCCUUCCACUCAUCUGACCCAGUGAGCGUUCACUCCCCAUGGUAUGCGAACAACAGCUGCAACCCAAUCCAUGAAAACGGCACCAGUCCCUCCGGUGACCCUUUGGCAGGUUCCCGAGGAUGUACCGUGGGCCGUUAUCCUGCGUACUCCGUCAAUGUGACCAGUGCGGAAGACGUCCAAGCAGCCGUCAAGUUUGCUCGCGAGCACAAUCUGCGUCUGAACGUCAAGAAUACUGGUCAUGGCUCGUCCAAGGUCUGGACUCAUAACUUGAAGAAGCAUGAAUUCCAUUCAGACUUUGCUCCGAGAUGCCCUGCGCUCAACUCAACCACCUCUACACCUCAGUUAGCCAUGACCUUUGGCGCCGGGAUCCAGGAUGAUGAAGCUUUUCGGGCUGCUGCAGAGCAUGAAGUCGCCGUGGUCGGCGGGACCAACGCGGACGUUGGCCUCGUGGGCUGGGCUGUCGCCGGCGGCCACGGCUGGCUCACCAGCGAGUACGGCAUGGGCGCCGACAGCAUCAUCGAAGCAACCGUCGUCACGCCUACAGGGGACAUCAUCACUGCCAAUGAAUGCCAGAAUGCCGACGUCUUUUGGGCGAUCCGCGGCGGCGGCGGCGGGACUUUUGGCGUCAUCACAGAGCUGACCGUCAAGGCACACCCGAUGCCUCAAGCAACCACCUGGAUCCUUAACGUGGACAGAAGUCCCAACACCACCGUCAAGGAUUGGUGGUCUCUGAUUGCAGAGCUUCACACCGAGCUUCCGGCCCUUAAAGCUGGAGGUUUCCAGGGUUUCUAUACAGUCGCAGGCCCUCCGUCUUAUAAGUCACUCCACUUCAGUUUCUUCUUCUUCAUAUACAACAAACCGAACGGAACAGCGGAAACGCUGGCGGCGCCUGUGUUAUCCAAGCUGAAGGAUGCUGCCUCUGAGGUCUCGUUUACCUCCAACAUUACGUACUUUCCAGACUGGUUUACAGUCUACGAGAUGCUUCCGGUGGCAGCGCUGAGCGGUGCUGCUGGUGGAGGAGGCGCAACUGUCUCGAGACUGAUACCCGCCGCGCCGCUCACUAACAACGUGCAGAAGAUGGCCCAAGUGCUCGAAGCCGUCGGGCCUCGUGCCGAACCCCCUUCAAGCGGCAUCUCGAACCCCACGAUUGCAGGGGGGUUGAUCGCCAGUAGUAUCCCCGUCGAUAACGCCCUCAAUCCCGCCUGGAGGGAGGCAGUAGUGCACUUUCUCGUCACGAGGGGGUGGGACGAUUCUGUUGCUUACCCUCAGGUGGCGUAUGCCGUGGACGAUGCGACAGAGCGAGUUUGCGGUGCCCUACGGAGUCUCGCCCCCAAUUCCGGUGCCUACAUCAACGAGGCUGACGACCGCGAGCCCGACUGGCAAAAGACCUUUUGGGGUCCAAACUACGACAGGCUCCGAGAGAUCAAGAAGAAGUAUGAUCCCGACUCCAUUCAGUGGUAUCACCGCUGUGUUGGCAGUGAAGACUGGGUUGAGCUCAUGGACGGUCGUCUGUGCCGGUCAUCUAGCCAGUAA